CUCCAUCCUUGUUUCCAAAAAAAAACUUCUCCGAACAAAUUGUAACAGACUCUAGCGAGGCACAUCUAUGAUGAGCCAUCAAGAGCAGUCAAUUUCUGUCUCGUGCCUAUUUAUGGGAUAUUUUGGUCCAGCUGUGAAGCGCCUAUUCUACUAUAAAGAUGAGUUCAAUCCCGCCGAAUGAAGUACAUCAUUCAAAACAUCAAUCUUCCUUGGUCCUCGGUAGAAUCACCUUUGCCAAUACACAGAUCUCUCUUCCUGGACUCCUUAUUUUGCAUCUGCUCCUCCAAUCAUAGUCUCGAUAUUCACAAAACUCAAUAUUCAUCUCCAUCAUGCGUCCCCAAACUUCUUUUCUCGGUUGCUCUAUAUUGUUGAGCUCCUUCCUGGCGAAAUCCUCGUUUUCGCAUCCACUUAGUGAGCGAGCUCGAUUGGCUGAUUGCCUCUACGAUCUCAACCCAAAUUUCCUCGACACCGGAAACACGAUCUCUACCGCUGACAUUGAAGCUUGUACUACUACUGCAUUGGCAAGCCGUGAUCUCCCGCGUAUUGACAAUGGCCCCCCUCCGGCACUUGAAGAUAUCAUCAUGAAGAGGGGCAUUCAGACGACCCCUUUGAUUGUUUCCGGACAGUCGGUAGCAGCUGAUCCAGUUCCGCUGAAUCAGAGCUUGCAAAUUCGAGACUCUGCGCCUCCUAACGUGGGGUUCUUUGAUCAGGUCAGCGAUGGUACCGAACCAAUCCUGACGAAUUUUCUCGAGCCUAGCAAUCUUGAGAACUCAUGGACCGGACCAAUUUGUUCUACAAUCACUUCAAACUUCAACCCUAAAGUCUCAGGGGUGACUGGAAUUUUCAACUACAACAUCCAAGGAACCCACAAGAUCGCAGAGAGUCUUGACCACAAGAACCGAUUUUUGAACCUACUCGUCACUUUCACUGGAACCGAUCCAACUUUGCUUCCAGAAUAUGACAUCGCCGCCUUAUGA